UUCUCUGGCUUUACGUCCUUCACCGGAGAACCAUUCUUUUACUCUUUUGGUUUUUCCCUCUCUAAGUUCUACUACUUUUCUAAUUCAAUUUUUUCCUGAUAUUUUGAUUUUUAGAGUAAAAUGGAGCAGAGGUUGGCUAAUUCUUUGAAUUUGACAUUAAAUGAAAAGAAGUUCGGGGAAACAGCUCUGCUUUCGGAGCUUCGAGUGGAUGGUCGCCGUCCCUUCGACUACCUCAAGCUCACCAUCAAGUUUGGCAGGCAAUUAAAUUUCUUUUCUCUUGCACACUCUUCUCUGUUCAAACCUGGUCAUAUUUUUUCCGUCUUUUCAUGCAGCCAAAUGUUUUUGUGGGUUGGUGCAGAGAGGAUGCUUCAUCUGAGGUGCAACUAGGGCAGACCCAUGUGAUGGCUUUUGUAACAUCUCCGUUAGCUCAGCCUUACAGGGACAAGCCAAAUGCAGGUACACUUUCAGUCUGCACAGUUUUCUCCCAUGACUGAUCCUUCACAUGAGCUAGGCUGUCCAGGAGAAUGUGCUGCUGAGUUAAGGAGAUUUAUUGGCCGUGGUUUAAGGGAAAGCAGAGCUGUAGACAAAGCGUCACUGAACCUCGUGAUGCUGCCAACAUUGCUGCUUUGGCUGCUGUCUGGAGGAGAGGAUGAUGGUCAGCAGGUUGUUACACUCCCGCUGGGAACUGGCCAUGACUCCAAGUAUUGUUUAGUCAGGUUUCGUUAUUGUCUAACCAAGAAAGCUGGGAACUCGUUUGAUUUUGCAGUCUGA